ACGCUUAAUAUAUUAAUAGCGGGUAUUACGAGGAUUAGUUUUGGCCUAAGUAAGGAAAUCGUCGCCCUAGGUAUAAUAAAAAUAGAGACGUACUUUAGAACGAUAACUUUCUAUAUUUUACCCGUUAAUACCCCAUUUCUCUUAUAUCUAAAAAAUAUAGAUCGACUAGGUAUUAUAUUUAAUAAUACGAGGAAUAGAACCUCUAGCGGCAAGCACUUCGAAAUAGUCGAACGAUAA